CUUUUUUUAUGCUUUUGUGCAGAUUCCAUUGGACACUUUCUGAUUUCUCUCUAUCACAGCUAUCUUCCGCAUCUUUCUCUGCAUUCAGUAACAAUGACUUCUUCUUCAGUGAAUGACGUCUCAAGCCAGAGUUCUCUUACCAGACUUGCUCCUCUUGAAGCAGUGCUCUUUGAUAUAGAUGGAACUCUCUGUGAUUCCGAUCCUCUCCACUACGAAGCCUUCCGUGAAAUGCUUCAAGAGAUUGGUUUUAAUGGUGGUGCUCCCAUAACCGAGGAAUUCUUUAUUGACACUGUUGCUGGCAAACACAAUGAUGACAUAGCCUUGUCUCUCUUUCCUGAUGAUCUGCCACGAGGUUUAAAGUUUGUGGAUGAUAAGGAAGCCAAGUUCCGGACAAUGGCAGCACGUCAACUGAGGCCUUUGGAUGGCUUGGAUAGAGUAAGGAAAUGGAUUGAAAGACGUGGGUUGAAGAGAGCUGCAGUUACCAAUGCUCCAAGAGCAAAUGCAGAGCUCAUGAUCUCCGUACUUGGCCUCUCAGAUUUCUUUGAUGCUGUUAUCAUAGGUGGUGAAUGUGAACAUGCCAAGCCUCAUCCAGACCCCUACCUGAAAGGUCUUGAAGCUCUUAAGGCAUCAAAGGAUCACUCAUUUGUAUUUGAGGAUUCUUUUUCAGGGAUUACGGCUGGAGUGGCAGCUGGGAUGCCUGUUAUUGGUUUGGCUACUAGAAACCCAGAAAAGCUUUUGAUGGAAGCAAAACCUGCAUUUCUGAUUAAGGAUUAUAAUGAUGAAAAAUUGUGGGAAGCUUUGGAAGAACUUGACAAGGCUAGUGGUCCUCCUUCAGUUUGAAUUACUAGUGAAACUGGAAGAAUUUCUUCACAGAAACCGGGAUUCGUAUUAAAUUCUUAGGUUCAACUGCAUAAUAUUGUUGUAGGUGGCCACAUUACAAUACAUGUCCAUCAUUGGUGUUGCUUUGCAGCAGCAAACAGUCAUUCUUUCUCUUUCUUAGCAAUAAUUUCAUUGCUAGUUUUGAACCCGUGGGUCAAGCCCAGGAUAUCGUAACUGUACUGUAGUUUAUGCUCAACAUAAUCAAAUCCUUCAUAUAAUUCAUAAUU